AGUGUAAGUAGCGCAGCUUCGGCUCCGACAUCAUGGAGAAUUUUUUCGCUGCCGAAGAACAGACCCCCAUUCCGUGUCGCCUGUGCCCCACGGCUAGCGGGUUCAUUUUUUUCUACGUGACCGCGGCCACUAUCGCGGCCGAGACCUUUCUGUGGCAUCUGCGCAGAAGCCGAAAGAACCACGCCUCGCUGCAAAGCAAGCGGGAACACCACCAGAAGAACCUUCUUUUAUUCGCGGGAAGGACGAAUGACCAAGUCAAGCAGGACAAGAUCGCUGGUGGGGAAAAUGAUUCGAGUGGAAAAAGGAAAAGCCUCGACGGUGGUCCUGAACCGCCAGAACAAAGAACAUCUCUCUCGGUUUCUGCCGUUGGCGUGGGUCGUGGACGUGAAGAAUUAUCAGGACGACGAGAAUAUCAAAUGCAAAUAUGUCUGGGUCUGGAAAGACGCAAGGUUUGUCAUGCUUGUCUGGCAUGACUGAAGUGUUUGUGAUGCGUGCCCAAGAAGAGACCCUUGUGCUUGUCAUGCAAAACGCAGUUCGUCAUGCUGAAAGCGCAGCACUAGGCCGCGCAAAUAUUUCUCAUGCUUGGCCGUGCAUUACAGAGAGUUCACUACUUCUCACAAUUCAGCACUACAAGUUUUCAGACCCAGACAUAUUUGCAUUUGAUACAGAAGACGAAAGAAUCAACUGUCAACCACAACAGGCAGUAGGAACAGGAGCUGGCGCUUCGUUGUUGAAAACUAAUCGUUAUGAACUGCAAAAGUAUCGUACUCGUAUAAAUGCAUGACAAAUAAUUUUCUCAGCAUGAGAAAUGAAAUUUGUAAUGCGGAUUUACGUUAAGAAAAAAAUUUGUAAUGCAUGACUGCGAUUACUACGAGUGCGAUACCUUUGCAGUUGAUAAGCGUGCGUCGGCGGCAGUCUC